UUAUUCUGUAAUCUUGCUUCCUUAAAUGGCAGGGUUUGGGUUAUCCCCCCCGUCACCAAAAAAAAAAAAAAAUUCUCUUUAAGUAAUUCAGAGAGUACUUUUUAAGCUCUACUACAAAUGGUAAUUUCUAGUAAUAUUAAAUUUAAGUUUACAUUUUUCUUUCAUUCUUUUUUAAAGACUUCUUUGGGAUCCAAUGCACUCAUGUGUUUAACAAGUACAGUGCACCUAAAUUGACUUAAAAAGGUUAGAAAUAAAUCUAUGCCUUUAAUAUAUUUAAAGUACUGUUGAAGAGACAGUUGCUGAUACAAAGCAAUAAAUAACUAGAAGUGGGUUUAGAGUGAACCUAUGCUAUUUAAUUUUGGUAAUCUGAUUAAUCUAACAUAUUCAGACAGAAUCUAUUCAGCUACAGUGAGCAUGGGCUCAUUUUAAUUUAUCUUGUUGCUUUCCAAAUAUCUCUUUGAAUUUAGGCAGGGACUGCCUUUGAAACUAGAACACUUAGUCAUUGCUUCUAUUCCAAACAGAAUUUACCUUAAUCUCUGGAUUGGAUUGCAUUAAAUUUCACGGAAGAGCUCAACAGGUUUCUCAGUAAGGAAACGGUAUAUUCCUAUAGCUCAUCUUUAAUUAGAUUUUGAUAGUAUGGCCUCAUUGCUUCAUUGUUUUGUCUGAAAGAAAUUCCAUAAAUAGUCAGUAUAUCCCUACUUAAGUAAAUUUACAAAGCCAUUUUCCAAAACUAAACAGGCAAGAUUCUUUCCUCCCCCCCAUUCUGAAUUACAUAGUUCUGUUUCCCUAUUACUAAGAAUAAGUUCUGUCAUUUAAACUGAACACUGAGAAAAAAAAAAAAACACUUCACGCAUAGUAUGCAGAGGAAAUGAGGUAAUGAAAGUACUUUGGAAAUUAGAGAAGUCAUUGAUGUAAAAUAUUUUUUACCUCAAAUUUCAGUUUUUGAAGUAUAAUUUUUACAUGUCAAUUCAGUGAGAAUAGAAAACAAAAGAUGCAGUAAUCCAGUAGAUUCAAGAUAAGUGAUGUCUUCUUGAAUAAAAGGAAUAUACUUUAAUUUUGUAGAGUACAGAUAAAAGAUUAGCUAUUGUGAUUCUAGAGUUGCUAGUAAAAUUGCUGAUUAUCUAGUGCAGUCAGUAAAGACCUGAAUAAAUACAGAAAUCAAUAAAAAUAAGAAAUCAUGACGUAACGUCUAUUUUUCAGUAGUUUUAAAAAAAAAUUUUAAAUAUUUAUUUAUUUUCCCUUUUGUUGCCCUUUUAUUAUUGUUGUUGUUAUUUAUGUCAUUAGAUAAACAGAGAGAAAUAGAGAGAGGAGGGGAAGACAGAAGGAGAGAAAAAGACACCUGUAUACCCACUUCACCGAUUGUGAAGUGACUCUCCUGUAGAUGGGGAGCGGGGGCUAGAACUGGGAUCCUUACUCUGGUCCUUGCACUUUGCACCAUGUGCACUUAACCCACUGCACUACCACCCGACUCACUUCAGUAAAGUUUUUUAUAGUCCAUGAAAAUAGAUGUGUCUCAGGUUGAAGAGAUAGUUAUGUUUACUAUUUCACGAAUGUAUGCAUUUAUGAUUAUAUUUAUUAAAAUAGAAGCACUCAGCGCUUGAUUUGUAGAAUGUGGUAACUGGUGCCACAUUUAACAGAAUAGUGUUAUGACUUCUCGCACUUUCUCUGUGUCUCAUGUGAAACUCUACAUCUCAUAUGGAAAUUAAAAAAAAAAAAUUCUUUAAAAAGGAGUCCGGCGGUAGCACAGCAGGUUAAGCGCAUGUGGUGUGAAGCGCAAGGACCAGCUUAAGGAUCCCAGUUCCAGCUCCCAGCUCCCCAACUGCAAGGGAGUCUCUUCACAGGCAGUGAAGCAGGUCUGCAGAGUUUGUUUGAAGUGAGUGUGGUCUUUGCUCACCCAGAAACUGCUGAGGAUUGCCACUUCCUACGUAUGAUAUGCCCAGAUUGUUUUAAGCCAGCCAAAAACAAACAGUCAGUAUUCACUAGAAUGGCAGUUGUGAAAGCUCUGAACAAGAUAAAAGAAGAAGAUUUCUGCAAGCAAUUUCCUUGUCCUCCAAGCUCACCAAAGGUUGUAUGCACUGUUCACGAAAUUGAAUGUGCCCAUGGUGCUGUCUUUGUGGCUGGUAGAUAUAAUAAAUACUCCAGGAAUCUACCACAAACUCCUUGGAUAAUUGAUGGAGAAAGGAAGCUGGAAUCUUCAGUAGAAGAAUUAAUUUCAGGCCAUCUUUUGACAGUAUUCAAAGCAGAGAGUUUUAAUUUUUCAUCCUCUGGAAGAGAAGAUGUAGAUGUGCGAACACUGGGAAAUGGAAGGCCCUUUGCAAUUGAGCUGGUGAAUCCUCAUAGAGUACAUUUCACUUCACAAGAAAUUAAGGAGCUUCAGCAGAAAAUUAAUAAUUCAUCUAACAAAAUCCAAGUCCGUGACCUGCAGCUUGUUACAAGAGAGGCAAUAGGACAUAUGAAAGAAGGUGAAGAAGAAAAGACCAAAACUUACAGUGCCUUAAUAUGGACAAAUAAAGCACUACAGAAGGAAGACAUUGAAUUUUUAAAUGAUAUAAAGGACCUAAAGAUUGACCAAAAAACCCCUCUGCGGGUCCUUCACCGGAGGCCCUUGGCUGUGAGAGCUCGAGUCAUUCACUCCAUGGAAACAUGCUAUGUGGAUGAGCAUCAUUUCCGCCUCUUUCUCAAGACUCAAGCUGGAACCUACAUUAAAGAAUUUGUACAUGGAGACUUUGGAAGAACCAAGCCAAACAUUGGCUCUUUGAUGAAUGUGACUGCAGAUAUUCUUGAGCUGGAUGUUGAGUCUGUAGACGUUGACUGGCCCCCUGCUCUGGAUGACAACUAGCUUCUGAGUUUGGAAAUAAAAAGCAAGAUUUUUCUGACAUGAUAUGAACAUGAAUUCACCAUACACUGUAAAAUGACUGUUUACUCACCAGAACGGUGUCUUAGAACUUACUUGGAUCAUGUUGAUCUGUGUACUUCUAAAAUUUCUUAUAACAUCUCAGGAUCUGUAUGUGAAUAUUUUGUUAUAUUUUUCUAAGAAUGUCUUAUGGUUGUUCUUAUUUUCUUUCCAACUCCCAUAAGCUGAAGUAUAAAUAGUGAAGCAUUUUCUUUUAAAUUCUUUCACUUAGGGACUUACGCAAACAGGAUCAUUCUCUAAUAAUUUGAGAAGCUACAAUUUCUUUCAGCAGAAUUUCCCUCUACAAGAGGCACGCCACAUUUAAAAUCACGGGGUUUUAAUUUUUUCUCAGCUCUGGUUUAGUUUUACUGGGAACUGAACCUAGACCUUAUAGCCUUGGGCAUGAAAGCCAUUUUGCCUACCUAUUAUGCUAUCUCUCUGGCUCCAUAUUCUAAAAAUUUUUAAUUAUCUUAGUAAAAUUUUUAUCUAGAUUUACAUAGCAACCUGUCAUUUUCUAAUAUCCCAAACAUAAACUGGAUAUCAUUAAUAUUUUUCCAAUAAAUUUAAAGCAAGUUCUUUAAUAAAUUUUUAUCUGAUUUGUUAUAAAUCCUAUCACUUCAAGUUAUUUUUUUAUUGCUGUUAUUGUUACUUGUUUAUUUUACCAGAGUACUACUAGUGCUCGGGAUUGAACCUGGGACCUUUGAUACCUCAGGCAUGAUUUUUUUGCAUAACUAUGAAUCUAUCUCUACAGCCCUCAACUUACUAUUUUGACAAUCUAUAAUUUUAAGUAUAUUUCCUGUGGAGUGAAAGCAAAACCUUAGAAUUUGAGGCUUGCCAUGGUAAGAAACUUUCAUAACUCUUUUAUACGAGACACAAGUGCCUUCAAUAACUUCAAACCCAGGGAUAAGAUUUUGAAAAAUUGCAAUUGCUAUAGCACAGCUGAUAGUGCUUUAUUAUUCAGUUUUAAAUAUCAUCAGAUAAGUAAGAUAUUAGCAUGUCUAUUUUAUAAAUGUGGAAACCAAAGAAUAGAGGUUAAAUAACUUACCUAAAAUUGUUAUUUCCAUACUGGAAUGAAAACCUAAGUUUCCUAUUUAGAGUCCUUUCUAAUAAAUUCUUUUAUUGAGGACCUUCUAUGUGGAGGAGGCACCUAAGGAUGUCAACCAGGAGAACUGACUUUUGAAAAUUAGCUCCAAAAUCAAGGAACUUACCAAAAAAAUGAUAGUCUACAAUAUGGCAACCAUUUGCUCAUAAGGUAAAUAAUUGCUUGGUACUAUGAAGAGGAAAUACAUUAAAUAAGCUAAACCUAAA